AGAGGGCAAUAGCGGCUGUUAGCUGCUGUCCAUCCUAAUAAAGAAAAAGAACUUCCGCUAUUCCCUCCUGUCGGCGAAGGUUUACCGCAGCGAGACAGUCAAGAUGGCAGGACGUCGUGUAGCCCUGAAGGCCAUUGACUGGGUGGCAUUUGCUGAGCGGGUCCCACCAAACCAGCGGAGCAUGUUCAAUGCACUGAAGACUCGCACCGAUGCCAUCUCUGCUAAACUAACCUCUCUGCCAGAGACUCCUGCAGCCAUUGACUGGAGUUACUACAGGAGUGCAGUGGCUAAAGCUGGGAUGGUUGAUGACUUUGAGAAGAAGUUUAAAGCACUGCAGAUCCCUGAGCCUGUUGACACACAGACAAGUAUCAUCAACACACAGGAGACUGAAGCUAACAAAUCUGCAAUGGCCUACAUUGAAGCAUCAAAGGCCCGCAUCGCUGAGUAUGAACAACAGCUGGUUAAAUUUAUCAACAUGAUCCCCUUCGAUCAGAUGACCAUUGAGGACCUCAACGAAACCUUCCCUGAAACCAAGUUGGACAAGGUCAAAUAUCCUUACUGGCCCCACAAGCCCAUUGCUGACCUGUAAUCCUAUUGCAAAACCCUUCCUUCACAAUAAAGAUUAUGUAUUUUAAAGA